AUGGCGCAGAAUGAGAGUGGCACGCCGAAGGGGGACUCGGCCGACAUGGAUGAAGUUGUCAGAAAUCAUCGAGAUUCCUCGGUUGAGUCCUGCAUCGUCCUAGCUAUUUCGACAAUCGUCGCUCCAGCUCAAACGAAGCAAACCUCAAGUUCUGAGGCAUCUACUAGCAAGGAGGAUACUACGCGACCAGUGGAGGAACCAAUUAAAUCAGAACCAGAAGACCCUCCCGACAUGCUGAUGUCGUUGUCGACGGUUGAGCCCUCUGACCUGUGCGAAGCAAAAACUCCCGAACCACUGGACAUUCCUUGCUACGAUCAAACGCAACAGAAAUGUGAGGCGCCACCAGUUUUAUUGAACUACGACAUUUCUCAGCAAGAGUUUGAGAAGCCCACAGUAGAGGAGAGGCCAGAUAUACCUGUAACGGAAGAUACACCAAACUCUAUACCCGAUUUGAGCUUGAAAAGGAAUGCCCAGAAGGCCACAGCUACAUAUCUCGAGACAAUGGCCGUUGAGAACAAGAUUGCCAAAGAGGAGGAACUACAGAAGAAGCUACAGGAAAAAAUGGACUACAACUAUAAUGCCAUCCUCGAUUGCGAUGUCAGUAUUGGCGUUGAGCGGCGUGCAAUCAGCAGAGCAAAAAGCAGGAGAAGGCCAUUCUGGAUCCCAUGGUUUAUGGAACGUCAACGCUACCUUACGUCCAAACGCAAGAACCUUCUGAAGAAGAACGCUGAGAUGGAGGGAAUCAGGAAGCGGCGCUGCAAGAAGCUGGAGGGGCUGGUGUCUGAAAAACGGAGACUUGCGGAGGAGCUAACUUAUGACAUCUCAACGAGACAUAUCAAGCCAAUAUAA